ACCACUAAUUGUACUUGUGCAUAAAGAUGGUGGGAAGGAAAAAGUGUGGAGUUUAUUAUCGGAGACCUAGGAAGCAUCUAAUGGCUAGAAAUCCCAUCCAACUUAAAAGAAGAAAAUUGAAUUGUUAAUUGAGGGUGGAUUAGGAACUAAUCUUAAUCAUAAUCUUAGCAAUUAACAUAGUCAAGACUUAGGACAGAAAGAGAGAGAGUGAUAAGAAGGGGAAAAAGGGCAAGGGGUGGGUGUACUGCAAGUCAAUGCUCUGAAUAUUGAACUCUUUUUUGACGAUUUCUUUUUUUUGGGUUUUCUGCUUUGGCCCACACCGACUCUCUCUCCUUACAAUUUUAUUUCUUGAAAGGAAAUUCCACAAACCGCCAAUCCUUUCUCACCACUUGGGAGUUUGCUUAAUGGGCCAAUCCCCACUCUCAGUUCCUUAGCGAGUCCACUUUACUUUCCCACCACUUUUGCUUUUGCUCUGGAUAAGCUAACAUUUCGAGGCACGUCUCGCCCGUCGUCGAGGUUUUUUGUGAUUCGAAUUCAUAGUGUUUUGGUGUUUAAAGAUGACAGUAAUUGGUUCCGAUUUGAAAUAGUGAUUCAAUUUUGUAUAGUCGUGACGGAAGAAGCAUAAGAAAAUUUUGUGGAGACUAGCAAAAAUGGUGUUAAUUGUGAAUUGGGAAAGAGAAACAUUGAAUAUUUUACAUUAAUGUUUUAAACCAAUACUAUCUUAUCCAUUAGAAAUUUGUUAGAUUCUGUUUAUUUUCAUAAUACCAAUCACAUUACUUUUAAUAAAAUGCACAUAGACGACAAUUGUUCCGACAUUAUCGGUCAAAUAGGAAGCCCUUGUGUCCUAACAUUUCAAGCAAGUUACUAUGUUAUGAGUUCAGUAAAAAAAAUAAACACUCCAAACACUUCAUUUCAACUUUUUUCGAUAUGUAUACUCAUUUAAAUUUUACUUUUACAUCAUCCAAUCUAAUCGACCUGCUUAUUCAUCGGACAAAAAAAACAUGAAUUCUCUAAGUUAAAAAGUUUAACAUAUAAAUUUUAAAAAGAAACAAGGUGCCAUAAUUUCAAAAUCCAAUUAUUAGGAAAGAAGACGGCGUGCAGUAAUAUAUUUACCCACAUAAACAAAUUCAUAGUUAUCCAAACAGGAUUUUUAUUCCAUUUAAUAUCUUCCCAAAGCAAAAAGAAUUCAUUGGUAAGAUAAUAAAACUGGUCUUAAUCAUUUACUAAAUAAAAAAGUAAAAAAAUGAAAAAUAUUAAUUCAUAAUUAGUAUUUAUCCAACUUUGUUAAAUUAAUAGCUAAUUCAUAAAGUAAACCCCCACCAUCAGUCAAAAUUGUUUACCUCUGCUAGGCGCUAGCUGGCCUCUUUACUACACUUCCCAUUUACUGACUAACCCCCGUCCGUUACCGUUUUCUUUCCUUUCACUUUCCACCCUCCUCCGUUUCCCGUCCAGUUACGCGCGUGCUCACAUAGCGCGUGACGGUUGAGAAAAACAGAGUGACAGAGGAGAGAGAAAGUCUAAAGUCCCUACAUCAAAACAUUUCUUACCAAACCGUAGAAAGAGAAAGAGAAGACUCCAUUUCUUCUUCUUCUCCAUCUCCUCCCUCCGUUUCUUUGCUCUUCCUUCUCAUUAAUAAUCUCCUCUUCCCCUUCACCACUGUUUUCCUUUUCAUGAGAAACAAACAACAAACCCACCCAGAAAGAAAAGAAAUUCUGAUUUUGUUUUUUCAGAUUUGAGAAUCAGGGUGGAAGCAAAAAUGGAGAAAUCCUCGCCGAGAUUUCACCCAGACCACCGGAAUUACGCCCAGUCGCCGCACUCCCUCCUUCCUUCUCCAAACAGCAGCAGCAGCAGUAGCAACAGCAGCAGCAGCCCUUCCUCCAACGGCCUCCACCAGCACAGAGCUGGGCCGGGGGCGGCUGCCCAGCCGCCGCCGACUCCUCCUCCGCCGCCGCAGCAGAUGCCGUCUCCCCGGCCAAAUCCAAUAGCCAGAUCCGAAUCGGCUAACCCGUACCCGACGACCUUCGUCCAGGCCGACACCUCUUCUUUCAAGCAGGUCGUCCAAAUGCUGACGGGAUCUCCGAAAUCGGCCGCCGUGGCGGCCUCCGGUGGCCCAUCCCCGCCCAACCAACAACCCGACCACCACCACCACCACCACCAGGUGAAAUCCCAUUCCCACACCAUCCCGCCGAUCAAAUCGAUCCCCAAGAGGAACCAGCCCUCCGGGUUCAAGCUCUAUGAGCGGCGGAACUCCCUGAAGAAUCUGAAAAUCAACCCGCUCAACCCGUUCCUCGCCCCGCCCGGAACCGGAUUCUCGCCCCGGAAGCCCGAGAUCCUUUCCCCUAGCAUCCUCGACUUCCCGGCGCUCGUGCUCAGCCCCGUCACCCCCUUGAUACCCGACCCGUUCGACCGAUCCGGACUCGCCGGGAACUGCUACGCCAGCCCGAUGAGCGCCGCGAAUCACCACCACCACCACCAUCACUAUAAUCACAACAGCAACGGCGGAGCGAAUAAUUCGGGGGGUGCCAGCGUGAUGGAGGCCGACUCGGAGGAGAAGGCGAUUAAGGAGAAGGGAUUCUACUUGCACCCGUCACCGGCGACGACGCCGAGGGAGGCGGAGCCGCCGCGGCUGCUGCCGCUUUUCCCGGUGACGUCGCCCCGAGUCUCUUCUUCUACAGGUUCGGCUACCCUGGAAUAAUCAAAGGGGGCCAAAAAAAUAUAUAUAUUUAAAUAUUCAGAAUUUUUGCGCUUUUCUUUUUGGGAAUUUUAAUUUUUCUCCAUUGCCCUCUCCCCCCUCCCGUUCUUGAGCUCUGUAAGAUUUUUAAAAAGUAUAUGUUUGGUUGGGGACGAUGAUGAUGAUGAUGAAUUCUAGCAGGAAAUGAGAAAUGAGAGGAUCUUUGCUUACAAUUGUAUAAUUUUUGGGUAUCGCUUCGUUAUUUUCCCUUCUCUUAGUUCAUUUUCCCGUCACUUCUCCUACUCCUAGUGCUACAUACUGUUUGGUGAGGCAGCGAAGAAUAGUCAAAAUGUUGACUCUAGAAAUCGAAUUUCAGAAUUUUCGUGUUAUUUAUUUAUUUUUAUCAUUUGGGUGGUAAAAUUUGGUGGGGGUGGUGAAAUUAAUUUUUACCAUAAUAAGUUUGCAUUGCAUGGGAGGAAUCAGUGACUCUGUGGGGUUAAUGACAAUAAAUGUGAAGUUUCUGCAAAGGACUGAAACGGGAAACGAGUUCCAUUACUCUUGGGAGCGAUGGAUAGUAGUAAAUUUGGGACAAUUUAAUAGGACCCAACUCAUGGUAGAUUAACAGUUUGGAGUUGGCAGUAAAAAAGUGAAAAACUAUCACUCUCUUUUAGCUAGAUUUUGCUGUAGAAAGUGUUGGUCCAAGAGUUCACUCAUCUUAAAGUUUUAGACUUGGGAUCAAAAUUCACCUCUUUUUUUUUUUUAUCGAGACCCCGAUGUGUAGUGUUCUCUCGUUAAGUUAUGAAUGUUUGAUAAACUCAUAAAAGUUGGUGAUUUGAUCUCAUAAUUUGUUCUAAUAUGCUAGCUAUUGUCGAGGUCGAUUUUGAUUUCUGUCAUCUAUCAUUCGACCAAAAACAAUUUAUGAAAAAAAAAUGGUAACCUUUUAAUUGCUUUAUCGUACUACUUGAAUCAAUGAAUUUACCGAGUAUUCAUGGGAUCCUGAGGUGAGGAAUAAUGAAAUGGAAAGCUAGCUGUCAAAAACCAGAAAAGAAAGCAAAGGUGAGGUUGAAUAGAGUAUAAGAGAGAGAGAUGAAUUGGAUAGGUGGGAAAUGGGCAAGGAAUCUAGCUUGACCUUGUUGCUGUCUGUUGUGUGUUUUCUUCUUUUUCUUCUUCUUCUUCUCUUGUGUUUGAGUGGACCAAGGAAGAUGCCCAUGGAAGAAGGGCAGCAAAACAAUUUUCCUGCAAAUUCUGUUUAAAAAUUGUUAAUUUAAGUACCAAUUAGAAUAUUUUACUUCUAUUGUAUGGUUUCCUUUCCCACUACAUUUUGAUAAUGAUAUUUAUUGAGGGUGGGGGUGGGAGGAGGACUUAAGACAGACACAAAUGUUGUUUUGGUCUUCAGCCUGAUGAUGAUGAUGGAGUUUGAUGUUGGACUUUUUGGUGCUUACCCUCUUCUUAUUUCAUCAUAUUUUCUAUUUAUAUUCAUUUUUAGGCUCUUCUUAGACAAGUUUCGUUUUACCAUUGAAUGAGUUAGUCAUAUAUGCAUGAUAUGCUCUCGAUUGUUCGAUCUACUAUUGAACUACUGAAUUGUGAUCGGAUAUACUAGUGUGUCGUAAUUUUUUUUUGUUCUGUCACGUUUCAAGGGUAUCACAACACAUCGGUGAUAAAUUAUUACCUUACAA